AAAUUGCUUUGUUCACCGGGCAAGUCGAGUCGUGCCACGAGCCUUUCAGUUCCUUGGAGUUAUCCAGAAAGAACGGACGCUGUGAAGCUUUCUGCAUCAGCUUAUAUCAUAAUCCUGCAGUGUCCCUUGGGAACAAUUGGUUAUCAUAAUUAGAAUGGACGAUGAUUGGGAUGAUAUUCCGGAGGCGGGAUCGGCCGACUCUAACGCGUUCAACUCAGAGGGCCGCAGCUAUGGAAAGGGGAGAGGUUUCAAGCCUCAUAAUAAUAACGACUAUGAAGGAGGUGUAGGAUAUAAAAAUGGUUUUGGAGAGAAUGGUGGAAGUGGUGGUGGUUUCAAGAAUCAAGAUGAUGAUAGUGGUUGGGGUGACAAUUUUAGAAGCGAAGGAGGAGGAGGUGGUGGUAGAGGCAGAGGUGGUGGUAGAGGCAGAGGAAGUGGUCGAGGAGGAGACAGAGGUGGUUUCAGAGAUCGAAAUGAGGACAAUGGAGAUUCUUAUGGAAGAAGUUCAGGCUUCAACGAGGAUGGUGACGAAGGAUCUAGUUUUGGUAGAGGACGACGUCGAGGAGGUGGUUGGGGUGGAGGUAGAGGAGGACGCGAUGGAGAUGAUGACCGUGGAGGUAGAGGCGACAGAAAUGAUGGCGGAGAUAAACCAGAGCCUAUCAACAAGGAAAUAUAUAUUCCACCAGAGCCAUCUAAUAAUGAUGAAGAUAUAUUUGGAAGUGGUGUUGAAAUGGGCAUAAACUUUGAUAAAUAUGAUAACAUCGACGUACGUGUCUCAGGUGAAAACAAACCUGAUCCUAUUGAAACUUUUGAGCAAGCUGGACUUCGUGAGUUUGUUCUAACUAAUGUGAAGAAAUCCGGGUACACCAAACCAACCCCUGUGCAAAAACAUGCUUUGCCUAUUGUAAUGGCGGGUCGAGAUCUUAUGGCUUGUGCUCAAACAGGAUCUGGGAAAACUGCAGCAUUCUUAGUUCCAAUAGUGAAUACUCUUUUGGAAGACCCAAGGGAUUUGGUGGUUACAUCGAAUCACUGUGAACCACAGGUUGUUAUAGUAUCUCCUACACGUGAGCUUACUAUGCAAAUCUAUGAACAAGCCAGGAAGUUCUCUAAAGAUUCCAUUCUGAAGUGCGUUGUUGCUUAUGGUGGCACAUCAUGCUCGUACCAGGGCAAACAAGUAUCAGCAGGCUGUCACAUUCUCGUAGCAACUCCUGGACGAUUAUUGGACUUUGUUGACAGAGGCCGUAUAACAUUUGCAUCAGUCAGAUUCUUUGUCCUCGAUGAAGCAGAUCGAAUGCUGGACAUGGGAUUCUUGCCUAAUAUUGAAAGAAUGGUGGACCACCAGACUAUGGUACCAGCAGAUCAAAGACAAACUCUGAUGUUUUCGGCAACAUUCCCAGAGGAGAUACAACGCCUUGCAUCACGAUUUCUAAAUAAUUACCUCUUCCUUGCUGUGGGAAUCAUCGGUGGUGCUUGCACGGAUGUUGAACAGAAUUUCUACGAAGUGGGCAAAUUCGAAAAACGAAAUAAACUUAAGGAACUGAUGGAACGCGAAUCAGAUCUGAAGACUGCAAGAAUUCUAGUCUUUGUGGAGACGAAACGAACGGCGGACUUCAUCGCCGCAUUUCUCUCAGAAAACAGUUUCCCUACUACCAGUAUUCAUGGGGACAGACUUCAACGAGAACGAGAAGAAGCUUUAAGUGACUUCAAGAGAGGACGAAUGUCUAUCCUGGUAGCAACAGCUGUUGCAGCCCGUGGACUCGACAUCAAGAACGUCGGUCAUGUUAUUAAUUACGACAUGCCAAAAAGCAUUGACGAGUACGUCCACAGAAUUGGUCGAACUGGACGUGUAGGAAAUCGUGGCAAGGCUACCAGCUUCUUUGACCAUGAACAGGAUGCACCGGUGAUGAGCGAUCUUGUUAAGAUUCUGCAACAGGCUGGACAACCCGUGCCGGACUGGAUGGAAUCUGGAGGUGGUCGAAGCUUUGCACCAGGAAGGCAGAGCAAGUUUGGUGGCCGUGAUGUGAGAGACUUUGAUAACGACGGUGGAGGCCAUGGUGAACCGUAUCCUGAGAGUGCUUACACAUCAAGUGCAGCGGCAGAACCGGAUGAAGAAUGGUAGUUUACUUAGCCUACUUAAUGAAUGGAGUUUACCCAAAUACAAGGUAUUUCUAAGUUAGUAUGAGAAAUGAGCGUCUGAUGCAAACUAGAUUUGUGACUUUAUUCCGUGAUAAAGAAGUAUUUUUAUUUACUGUUAUUCCUCAAUUAUAUUUUAUUUUUUUUUUGUAACCUAUAAAAUAAUAAGACCGUUAUCUCGUGCUUUGACCAAAAAAUCGUUAACUCUUAUAGAAUGCGAGAUAAUCUCUUACUUAAACGAAAAAAUCUCUUAUUCAUUAUUACGAUUGAAUAAUUCUUAAUCAAAAGGUGGAUAGAAUCCGCUGAAAUACGUUCCUAAUAGUUGUUACCGGGUACAACUUUGUCUGAUUAGAAAUGUUAACAGAGGCAUAAAAGUUUGUAUUGAGUUAGUCUGAAAAUACAGGGUUCUCUACGUAUCAUUUAUCAGUGUAAAUCUCCAUGACACAUAACAUUCAUCGUACAAAUGUUAGAUUAUAAGAUGAAAAUGUGACCUAAAAUGUUAUCCAUAAGCAUAGGAAUGUACUGACCAAUAUGGACAGCUUAUA